GGUUAGGCAUCAGAGCUGUGAGUCUGGCGCCAGACAGUGAGGACGCGGCUUUUAGAACUACGGAACUCGGGUCUGAUCGAAAGAUUCCCGGUAUGGAAACUCAUCAGAGCUGCUGCCACAGUUUGAACAGGAUGCUGGGUCCAGGACCUGAUGAGUACCAGGAACAACAACAUGGUCGGAAUGCAAUGGUCCUGAAGGCUGGAGAGGAAGGAGGAAAGAAAGGGCUUUUACAGAGUGGGCUUGCUCAGGGUAAGCUUAAUCAGGGUAAACUUGCUUUGGGUAAACUUGCCCCAAGCAAGCCUGCUCAAAAAGAGCUUGCUCAGUCCGGUCUUGCUCAGAAAUCCACAGGAGUGGUAGAGGAGGGAGAAAACGAAGAAGAAAUGGAAGGAAAACAUGCUGCCGAUGGUAGUUCUGGCCCCAUGAACAAGGGGAUCCACGCGGAAGGUGGCCAUGGCAGCAGUGUUCAACAGCAGCCUCGGCAAGAGGCGGCAAUGCCUGAGGGCACCAAGAGUCUCCAGGCUGGGGACAGGCUGCCUUCACAGCGCUACACCAGAUUUACCCAGUCUCAGCUGCAGGCACUGGAGCGUCUUUUCCAACAGACUCGCUACCCUACCUUUCGAGCAAGGAAGGAUCUUGCAAGAUGGAUGGGUGUGUCAGAGGCAGAUGUGCUGGAAGAAGAGUUCCGACACCAGUGA